UUGUUAGAAGCUGUAACUGAGGGGAAAGCGUUGUCGGCAACGGAUAUUUCGUACAAAUAAAAUGUAAUCUGGGCUGUCGGGAGGGAAAUGGAGUGAAACUUAUGAGCCAGUCGUCAUGCCCCCUAUGACAGAAGAUACGUACGGUUCACGCGUGGAAAAAUGGACCAUGCGAGAAAUGCAGUUGAACCGACUACAUGAGGAAAUCAUUGCAAGAAGAGAGUCUCUACUGCACUCGACCGGUGCUUUCCUCAGGCAGCAGGUUGACAAGAAGGGCACCGUUCCGCCUAUAACUCACACGUUAGAUGAGAUCACAGUCAGAAAUGAGAGACUGAUAAAGGAUCUCCGUGACACAGAAUGGAGACUGGCACAGGAAGCAGAGAAACCUGCAGACACUAAGUUCCUCACUCUCCAGAGUAACUACUGGUCAAUGAUUCGGAGCAUGGAGCCGCUAUGGAAGGAGAGCAUGGCACAGGCAGGUCUUAGGCAACCUGCUGCUGGCAGCACCACGCCCAAGACAGCACGCACAUAACAUAGUACCAGACACCAUGUCUAAGAUAAUUGCCAACUGUAUGUCAACAUUGAUAAUGAAGAAGUUUAUUUACAAGAUAGUGUAAUCUAUCAACACAUUGUUUAAUGUGCUAGUAUCAUGAAAAAUAGUGAUAUUUUUCUGCUGUCAUGUUGAAGCUAGUAUGAUGUACAAUACGAUGGCCAAGAAAAAUAACUUGUCAAAAUGUAAAUUUUAAGGUCUUUAUUUGUUAGAAACCAAACAAAUCUUAAAAAUGUUGACGAGGAGGUGUAGCGCAAUUGGCAUGGCUGGCUUGGCCCGCAAGCUGAUUGGGUAUUACCACCAGCAGUGUAUGGAAUAAACCCAAUCGUUACAUUGGUUGUUGGGAGAGUUGUGUUGUAUAUAUAAUACCGGUAUAGAUUCCAUGUGUCAAGAGUAUGGCUAAUUGGGGUGUGUCAAGUAACCAUAUAUAAUAUUAACAAAAACUGGAAUACGAUUGAAAUUGUUCACCGCAAAUUUUGAAAAAAAAUACUUCACACGGGCUACAGAACUGCAAAUGCAGUAGCCUAUGGUGAAUGUGGUAGGUAUCCACUUCAUACUAUUUAUUAUGUAAAAUGCAUUAAAUAUUGGUUUAAGAUUUUGCAAAUGAGUCAAAACAGAUACCCAUACCAGUAUUAUAAAAUGUUAUUAUCCAUUGCUGAUAGAAAACGUCCUAACUGGGCAUCGCAUAUCAGACUUUUGCUAAGUCAUUAUGGUUUUGGGGAUGUAUGGGCUGCACAAGGCAUUGGCAAUGCAGAAUUAUUUGUACAUAUGUUCAGCGAAAGAGUUAAAGAUUGUUCGUUUCAAGAUUGGCAUGCAUCUCUAGGCAGCAAGACCCUCUCAUUCUAUAAACUGCACAAAUCUAAUAUUGUUUGUGAAACAUAUUUAUCAAAUAUUAAGCAUUGUGAAUAUAGAAGGCUAAUAACCAAAUUUAGAUGUGGACAGAAUACUCUUGGUAUUCAACUUAUACGUAGGGGUGUUGCUAAUAUUGAGGAGGAUGCCGUCUUAUGUAAAACACUGUCAUGUUAUUGAGGAUGAACUUCAUGUUAUAUACAAUUGUCCUCUUUAUGCAAAUCAGCGGGAAAUGUAUAUCCCAAAGACAGUUAAUCAUAAUUAUUUUUGUUUAGAAAGACUCUGUCAACUAUCCAACAACGAUGCAAUGAUAAAUUUUACAAAAAUUUUAAUGUACGUGUUCUCAACACACACACAAAAAAGAAGUAUAAAUUAGGCAACUCUUAGAUAAAUAAAAUGUAAAUGUAUUUUGUACAAUGGGUCAAAUGGCCUUAUACAAAUAAAUCUGUCUGUCUGUCUGUCUGUCUAUAUAUAAUACCGGGAUAGAUUCCAUGUGUCAACUAAUUGGGGUGUGUCAAGUAACCAUAUAUAAUAUUAACAUUGUGAAAAAGUUUCUUUUUCAAUUUUAGAGGCACCCACCCCCCAACCGUGCUGUUUUUGAGAUAAAUAUGGAUUGAUCUUUGUAACCAAUUAGUACUAAUUAACAAGGACAGUAUUUGUGCCACCUACAGUCACUCUUAUCUUACAACUGCAGUAGAUUAUUGCAUAAUGUAUGUCAAAUGUGGACAGUUGUGAAUCAGUUGAUCAACACACUUGGACUAACAGCAUGUAAGAUGUGACCAGUUGUGAAUCAGUUGACUGACAUACUAGGACUCACAGCAUGUAUGGUGUGACCAGUUGUGAAUCAGUUGACUGACAUACUAGGACUCACAGCAUGUAUGGUGUGACCAGUUGUGAAUCAGUUGAAUUCAAUGUGAUGGAGUCUGAGCUGUUGUUUGAAGUUUGUGUUGUUUUCCAACUGUACAGGAGAGACGUCUAUGUCCAAACAUCAAUUGAAAUCUUUUUCUUAAAACUUAAAUGUUUAGAAAUAACCUUUGUACAAUUGACAUAAUUUUGAUGUUGUUAUGGGUUAACUAGUGACUGUGACAGUGACAAAGUAACAGUAUGGAAUGCAAUUUCUCGGCAUACCGUUGUCAGUCCCACCCCGCAUGGUUAGCUGUCAUCAGCUGCAUGAUAUAAGGGGAGUAACUCUUGCUGGCUUGCGUACUAAAUAUGUACCUAAAAUGUUUAUAUAAUCACAUCAGUGAGAGGUGACAAGACUUGUGUGUCCGGUGCAGCAAGCUUACUUUGACAGACUGGCUCUAUGACAUUGAUUUGGUUAAUGAAACUUGUUUAAAGUUGUAUAAAUAUCACAUGCCCCCAAACAAUGAGAAGUUUUGGCUGAAAUAGAGAUUUUUAAGAUAAAGGAAAACCGUAACAAGCAACAUACUUGUGGAACGAAAACUUGGUUGUUAAAUGGGUGUGGACUGUGAGGAUAUUGCUGUUUUUAUUGAUGUAACGUUUGAAAGCUGUGUACAGCUUGUAUGUAAUAAAUCUGAUAUUACUUGACA